UAUACACAUAUAAGUGAUAUAUGUGUUGUGAAACAUUGGUUUAGUUGAUACGGAAGAAAAAAAGGAUUCAAAGAAGCCUUAUUUUGGAGCUCUUGUUUGCCAAAUAACAUUUGCUGGGAUGAAUUUAUUCUCAAAGGCUGCAUUUGCUUCUGGUAUAAAUAUUUAUAUUUUCCUUUUCUACCGGCAAGCUCUUGGCACUAUCGUCUUACUUCCCCUCACCAUUUAUUUCGCAAGAAAGGAAAUGGGAAGUUUAUCAAAAGGAGAUGUGAUGAAGAUUUUCGUGCAGGCCAUUCUGGGGUUUACAGUAGGUUUGAAUGUUUAUGGAUUAGGAGUUAAGUAUACAUCAGCAACUUUAGGAGCUGCAGCCUUUAACUGUGUUCCUGUCACUACAUUCUUCUUUGCUUUUAUUUCAAGGAUGGAAAAGGUAAAUAUAAGGAAAGCAAGUGGAAUGGCAAAGAUUGGAGGCUUAAUAUUGUGUAUCGCUGGUGUUGCAGUUCUUGCAUUUUACAAAGGCCCUUAUUUGAAACCACUCUUCAAAUUUCACCUUUUCCAAACUCAACAAUCUCAUGUUUCUUCCAAAAAAGAAUGGAUUCUUGGCUGUUUCUUGCUCUUCCUUACUUGCCUUACAUGGGGUUUGUGGUACGUUCUUCAGGCUUGGGUUUUGAGAAGUUGCCCAUCUCCACUUGUGUUAACAUUUGGACAGACAUUUUCAAGUGCCAUUCAAUCAUUUUUUGUGGCUAUCGCAAUUGAAAGAAACCCUUCUGAAUGGAAGUUGGCUUGGAACAUUUCCUUAGCUGCUAUUCUUUAUUGCGGAGCUUUUGUAAUUCCCGUUGGAAACUAUCUAUCAAGUUGGGUAGUAAAAAAGAAAGGUCCAGUUUUCCAAGCUGUUACCACACCUUUUAAUCUCAUUUUCACACUCAUUGGUUCAGAAUUUCUUUUAAAUGAUGGAAUUGGCUUGGGAAGCAUAAUUGGUGCUAUAUUGCUGGUGUUGAGCCUUUAUAGUGUUUUAUGGGGAAAAAAGAAGGAAGCGAGUUGUCUUGACACAAAAAACAACACUAAUUCUGUUCCAACGGAAAGGAAAGUGUUAGAUAACAUUUAAAUUUUAAAUAUGGUAGGAUUACUUAAUUUUUGAUGUUUUUAUUAAGUUGUACUCAAAUGAGCUAUUAUCAUGAAAUCAUGUUAUCCUGUUGGAUUUUCUUCAUAAUUUUUUUUUUAUUAUUUUGCAUGUUAGUAAAAGUUCAUCAAACUUGUUUAACAUUUGAUGUAAGGUAGACAUUAAAGUUAAUUCUACAAUUUGUAUUUAAAUGGCCGUUUAACCUUUUUCCUCA